AUGAGGCUGUGUAAAGGCUGGAGGAGUGGUUUGCUGCUAUUGCUUCUACUGGAAGUUGUAGGAACCUUUGCACAGAAACUACCCACGCGCGAUGAAGGACUUUUCCAGAUGCAGAUCCGAGACAAGUCCAUCUUCCACGACUCCUCCGUCAUUCCGGACGGCGCCGAGAUUAGCGGCUACCUCUUCAGGGACACGCCCAAAAGGUACUACUUUGUGGUGGAAGAAGACAACACGCCGCUGUCGGUGACGGUGACGCCGUGCGACGCGCCGCUGGAGUGGACCUUGACGUUGCAGGAGCUGCCGGAGGAGGCCAGCGGCGAGGCGUCAGGGGAGCCCGAGCCACUGGAUCAGCAAAAGCAGCAGGUGACUGUGGACGAAGGCACGGAGCUGUUUGCCUACAAGGGUAACGACGUGGAGUCCUACGUGUCCACCAGCACGCCGUCUGGCCUCUACCAGCUGGAGCUUCUGUCCACGGAAAAGGACAGCAACUUCAAGGUGUACGCCUCCACCACGCCAGAGUCGGACCAGCCCUACCCGGAGCUGCCCUACGACCCUCGCGUAGACGUGACGGCGCUGGGCCGCACCACCGUCACCCUGGCCUGGAAGCCCACACCCACAUCCUUCCUGAUGGGCCAGCCGGUGCAGUACUGCGUGGUCAUCAACAAGGAGCACAACUUCAAAAGCAUGUGCGCCGCCGAGGCCAAGAUGGGCUCCGACGACGCGUUCAUGUCGGCGCCCAAGCCGGGCCGGGACUUCAGCCCCUUCGACUUUUCCCACUUCGGCUUCGACCGCGGCCUGACCAGCAACAAAAUCUCACGGGCGUACCCGGCCAAGCCCAAAACGUCGGACAUUCACAAGCUGUGCAUCGGAAACAAGAACAUCUACACCGUUUCCGACUUGAAGCCAGACACGCAGUACUACUUCGACGUCUUUGCCGUCAACUCGGCGACCAACACCAGCACGGCCUACGUGGGCACCUUCGCCCGCACGAAAGAGGAAGCCCGGCAGAAGACUCUGGAGCUCAAGGACGGAAAAGUGUCCGACGUGUUCGUCAAGAGGAAAGGCAGCAAGUUCCUCCGCUUCGCCCCCGUUUCCUCGCACCAGAGGGUGACGCUGUUCGUCCACGCCUGCCUGGACGCAGUCCAGGUCCAGGUGCGACGCGACGGCAAGCUCCUGCUUUCGCAAACCGCCGAGGGCGUUCGACAGUUCCAGUUGCGCGGCAAGCCCAAGGCCAAGUACCUCAUCCGACUGCGCGGCAGCCGCAAAGGCGCCUCCACGCUAAAAGUGCUAGCUAGCACCCGAGCGGGCGGCAAGCAGCCCUUCCCCUCCCUGCCCGAGGACACCCGCAUCAAGGCCUUCGACAAGCUCCGCACCUGUUCCUCCGUCACCGUGGCCUGGCUGGGAACGCAAGAACGGAACAAGUACUGCGUCUACCGCAAGGAGGUGUCCGACGACUACGGCGAGGAGCAGCGGCGGCGCGAGCAGAACCGCUGCGCCGGGCCCGAGACGCGGCGCAAGUCAGAGAAAGUCCUCUGCAAGUACUUCCACAGCCCCAACCUGCAGAAGGCGGUGACCACAGAGACGGUCACCGGGCUGGAGCCCGGGAAGAGCUACCUGCUGGACGUCUACGUGGUGGCGCACAGCGGCCACUCGGUCAAGUACCAGAGCAAACUGGUGAAAACCAGGAAGUACUGCUAA